UACAAAUACAGCGCAGAAAGAACAGCGGGGAGCACAAAGGAAUGAAAACAGCACCUCGAAAACUUUCAAUACCAGCGUGUUGUAAUGUGAAUUCACGUGAGCGUUAUUUAAACUGUGAGGUUUGGCGGAUGGCAGGCUGACAACUGCCUGAGAAGCGCAAGGAAUGUGAGUGAGCGGUGUGGAGCAGCAGGGCGCACCGCUGUCUCCGACUAUCGCCGCUUUUUGUCAGCUGAGCUGUUUGCAUCCCGAGGCCCAGCCGUUAUCACAAGCCUCAUCCCAGAAGGACGCAUUUCCUGUACAGAGUCAGGAACUGACUCCAACAUGGGUGCUAAAACCUUCACCCACAGCUCAACCUCCCACAGCCAGGAGAUGCUGGAGAAGCUAAACGCUUUACGCAACGAGGGUCACUUAUGUGAUGUCACCAUCCGCGUCCAAGACAAGCUCUUCCUGGCUCACAAAGUGGUCCUUGCCUGCUGCAGUGAAUUCUUCCGCUCCAAACUGGUGGGUCGACCAGAGGAGGAGGACAAGUUUGUUUUGGACCUUCAUCAUGUGACUGUUAGUGGCUUCGCUCCUCUGUUGGAAUAUGCCUACACAUCUACCCUCUCCAUCAGCACAGAGAAUAUCAUCGAUGUCCUGGCAGCUGCAAGUUAUAUGCAGAUGUUUGCUGUGGCGAGCACAUGUUCAGAGUUCAUGAAGUCAAGUAUUCUGUGGAGCCCGGGAAACAACAACAACAACAACAACAUGACAGCAGAUAAACCGCAUGAAUCAGCACAAGAGAGCGCCUCAUCAAACUGCGCCUUGACGCCACUGGACGGCAGUGUGUCACCUGUGUCGUCGGACUGCAGCGUGAUGGAGAGAAAUGUUCCUAUAUGCCGUGAAUCACGACGGAAACGCAAGACCUUUGUAACAAUGGCAUCACCUGAGAGUCCGCUCAAAUGCACUACACAGAUCGUCACCACCUCCCCUCAGAUCCCCAACCCAUCCCCUUCAUUCUCAGACAGCACAGCCCAGCCUGUAGAGUCCUCCCUGGCCUUUCCAUGGACUUUCCCAUUUGGUAUUGACCGGAGAUUCCACUCGGACAAAUCAAAGCUCCCAGAGAGCCCUCGUUGUUUAGAGCAGGGCACUCCAGGGACCUCAGAGGUGGUAGUUGGCCGGCGGCUCAGCGACUUCCUGACGUGCGAGAGCUCUAAGGCAGUGUCGUCACCAGUGCCAGCAGAAGAGGAAGAUGUGAGGGUGAAGGUGGAGCGGCUCAGUGAUGAGGAGGUCCAAGAGGCGUCCUCUCAACCAGUCAGUGCCUCCCAGAGUUCGCUGAGUGACCAGCAGACGGUGCCAGGGAGUGAACAGGUCCAAGAGGAGCUCCUCAUCAGUCCACAGUCCUCCUCUAUAGGGUCGAUGGAUGAGGGAGUGUCUGAAGGCUUGCCGUCAAUGCAGAGCACCUCUAACGCUGGAGGACAUGCAGAAGAUGAUGAAAGGUUGGAAGGUAUUCAGUAUCCAUACCACCUCUAUAUCAGCCCUUCAGCCCGACCCGGCACCAACGGCCCUGACCGGCCCUUUCAGUGUCCAACCUGCGGAGUCCGAUUCACACGAAUUCAAAAUCUGAAACAGCACAUGCUCAUACACUCCGGCAUUAAGCCUUUCCAGUGUGACCGCUGUGGGAAAAAGUUCACACGGGCCUACUCCCUAAAGAUGCAUCGGCUGAAGCACGAAGGUAAACGCUGUUUCCGGUGCCAGAUUUGUAGCGCCACAUUCACGUCCUUCGGUGAAUAUAAGCACCACAUGAGGGUCUCCCGACACAUAAUCCGCAAGCCGCGGAUUUACGAGUGCAAAACGUGCGGCGCCAUGUUCACCAACUCUGGCAAUUUAAUUGUACACCUGAGGAGUCUGAACCAUGAGGCAUCCGAACUAGCAAACUACUUCCAGAGCAGUGAUUUCCUCGUGCCCGACUACCUGAGCCAGGUACAGGAGGAGGAGGAGGUGCUGGGAGUCCAGUAUGAGCUGGAGGAGUCCCAGCAUCACCCCGUAUACCCGGGAAGCACCUCCACCUCCACCACCACUGCCGCCUCGUCCUCCUCCUCAGUCCAGAUGCCUGUCAUCUCCCAGGUCUCCUCCUCUACCCAGAAUUGCGAGAGUUCCUCUGGCUUCCUUUCACCUGAGCCCCUGGAUCCCCUGGAAGCCCCAGCCUCCCUCAAGAUGGACGCUGACGAGACGGCAGCCAUGACAAAGGAGACCAAAAUGGACAGCAGUGUAGGGGGCAGUUCCCCAGAGGUGUUUGAAGAAGAACAGCAACAGCAGCAGCAUGCCCAGGCCAAGGGGUUGGUUUCCAUUACCAUAGAAUGAUUAAAGUCUUCUACUUGCCCAUCACGUCUUAUUUUGCAGCCAUGUCAUAUGGGAAUAUCUGUUGGAACACCAUGACGGCUAAAAGGGACGACCUGGACGUGCACAUGUUGAAACUUCAUCACGUGAAGCCAUCAUGAUUGAAGUUACCUGAAGACUUCAGUUGCCUUAGUGUUGCUUUCCACAUGCAACUCAAAUUCACUUAUUUGAGUUAAUGUUUUACACCAAACCAAAUCCAGCAAAGUAAAUGAUAAUUGUCUUUGUUUUCUCUGCAAUUAUAGUGCAAUUUCUUAAACUUGACUGAAGCAAUUUCCUUGUUGGUGACAUGAGAUUUCAGUAGGUCGUGAAAUCUGGGUUCAGUCCAUCCCCAAACCCGAAUUUCCGGUAUUUAUCACCCGGAUAACCAAGUGAACAGUAUUUUUAAGAGUAAUUUUUGAAAAGGCUGUUUUUUCCCAUAUGACGUGAAUGCAGUGCUAGCUAAAGUCAUUUCUGUCUUAGCCAAUUUGAGGUCUGUUAAAUCCAAGCCUUGCCCUAUUUUGGAAAGUGCCUGAGUUCCCAUUUUAACAAAGUAAUCUGUAGAGGAGGAAGAGGUCUUGACUUUGCCAACAGUGACAAAUAAAGCCUUUGCAAACUGAGCUAAAGAAAAAAUACUUGUAUUUCAUUUGUAGUGAUAAUGCUAGUUUGUAUGGGAAGAGACUGUGUUAUUCCUUCAGUGCCGUCGCUAUAGGCAAACUGUUAAAUGUCAAUAUUAUCUAUAUUGCAAUAGCUUGUACUGUAGUUUUACUAUUUGAAUGCUGUGUAAGUUGUGUGUUGUGAAAUAUGAUACGUCAGGUGUGUGUAUGUGCAUUUCUUUUAAUCAAUAUGAACACAGUACAUUUCAUUUUUAAAUGUUAAAAACUUGAAAUUAUAUUGGCGGAGUAUUCCCUUUAGAUGUUUGUGCAGUAUAUGGUUUUUUUCUGACCUAUUGCAAGUAUUUUUUUUUUUUAAUUUUAAUGAACACUGUUGUUAAAUCAAACCUGAACUCUAAGAGUUUAGAAAAACUCAGAUCAGCACUGAUGCAUCUUUGUUUCAAAAUCUUAACCAAUAAAUGAAAAAAUACGACCAAAUUUUAUGUAAAACAAAAGAAUUUUUAAAUUUGGACUUACAAGGUUUUUCUCACAACUGCAGUGUUGUAGUCCCAGAUGGGCUCUAAGAUACGGUAAUGUAGCAUUUCAUCCUAGCCGAAGUUAGACUUGCUUGACAAAUGGCAGUUUUCUUCCCUUUUAAACACGGUUUGUCAUAGACAUUGAUAUCUGAUAUGGCUUUCAAAUUAUGGUCGUCCUGAUUUACCAAGGUACACUGCUGAUGUUGUAAGAUGUUGCAUGACUGUCGAAGUGAUUUUUCAUUUAGGUACACCAUGAUUGUCUUUGAUCCUUGUGUGACUUCGUGGGUGGUAAACCAAGAAUAUUAUGUUACCAAAAGUGUGGACUAACCACCAGCAUUCUCUCUGUCUUUUGUUUUUUUUUUUGUGUUUUUUUUUUUUGUGUUUUUUUACCUUAGUUGUCACAAACGGAAAAAUUACUUAAGAAAAUUUCCCUGACUAAAAUUUUAAAAAUUACUGUAUGCCUGCAGCCAGGGAAGCAGGUAGUGAUACAAAAAGAUUAUGAUGGCUGUCUGUGAUGGCCAAUUUUCAGUCAGAACAGAUUACAAGGGUGGUAGGUGUUAUUUGAUAAUAUUGCUUUGGAAGCAAUGGGAGCGUGCUAGUGUGUGAAUGCAAAUACUGUGAGUAUCAUUAUAAAUGAUAACUUUAAUAUGUUGUGUUAAGCAAAAGCUUAUCCUUCACCUUCGACUGAUAAUACAGUUUGGCAGGUGGUGUUACUUAUUUCAUUUACUUUUUUACGCUGAUUUUGGGUCAGACCUCCAACUCCUGUUACCUGUGUUGUGCCAACAUGGUUGUAAUUGUGUACCCUAGACAUUUCUUGUGCCUGUAUUUUUAGAAGAUAAUGAUACCCAUGGUGAUAAUCCAUGAGUUGAAUGCUACUGACUGUGAAUGGGUUUCCUUUUCAGUGAAAUCUUCUAUUUGUGGUUUGCCCCUUGAAAGUAGUACUAACCGCCCACAUUUAGGAUUGUCACAGCAGGAUGUAAGCCCUCACAUACAGGGUUGAUUGUAAAUGUAGAGAUGAAUAUUGCUGUGAUAAGGGCGUCAAUAUUAAACUGUCCUGAUCAUUGAAAUCCACUGAGAGCUAUCUUAAUAAGAGCUUGAGUGACCCUGUGCCAUCAGUCGCUUUCAUCAAAGUUGUGCCAUUUCCCCUUUUCAUCUGGGUACAAAUCAAGCUUUUUCCUACAGGACCAAAUGUCCUCUAUAACAUUGGGGAUUUGCCAUGGCAAUCAGUAACUGCACAUAAUAAAAUAAAGAGAUAAUCAUUUUAAGUGGUCCAUGCUAUUUAGCAAAGGGGUCUUGCUGUUGUGCCCCUGAAAACACUGUAUGAUGUUGUGCAUUUAAGAGGCAAGCCUUAGUAAAUGGACCUAUGAACUCUAGUUGCACAAUAUCAAAAUUUUAAAAAUGUUUUCUAUUCUCCAAUUGUAUGUCAAGCUUUUCAUCUGUUAUGUUCGGUGUCUGUAUUCAAACAACAUUUUUAUAAUGAAAUGCUGCUGUUUGUCGAAACGCAAAGUGCCCAAAAUAUUUUUGUGAACCAAUGGUGUGCAAUAAAUAGACCGGUGGUGUUUUAAAAGUUUUAACUUUGUCUUUGGAAUGAUGAAUUAUAUAAAAAAAGAGAAUGUAUCAUUUUGUUUUAUUCAGAUGUGACUGAAGGUGAAUCAAAUAGGCAAGGGCCCCAUUUGAUCUGUGAAACAAGGAACAAGGCUUUGUUAUCAAAUGACUGGUUCUAUUCAGCUCCUUUCUGUUUGUUUCUAAAGUUGCAUGUUCAUAUUGUUCUGUGAAGUGGAGAGCAUGUCUUAAGUUGGCGAUGCAUUCUGUCAAGGCCUUAUUUGUUGAUGACUCUUCAUCCAGCAUAGCUUUGAUCUGUUGUUCAGCAUGCCCUCUUCUUUUCUGUACGUUAUCCCUUUAUGUGCAAUGUUUUAAAAUAUCUUGAUUAUAUACAGGACAUGCCUUUUAAUGUACACUUGAUGUUGUAUACGUUUUCCAGUCCUUAUGGUUUAUUUAAAAGCAGGAAAAUAUAAGAAAAAAACAUGGUAGCUCUUCAUAAUGGCAUAUAUAUUUUUGGUGACUUUUGUAUGGAUGCUGUUUCAUGGCAUCUUUGGAUAUUCUUGUUAAAUGUGAAUAGAACAGCUUAGUCUAGGAGCGUGGGGGGCCUUGGUAGUCUUCACUUUGUGACUGUCUGCAAUGUGUGUGUGUAUAUAUAUAUAUGUAUAUAUAUAUAAAUAUACAGUAUAUACACUCAUACUAUGUUGCGUAUUCUUUAUACUGUAGGCUACUUGAUUACAACCUGCUUUGAGACAGAUGUUGUAAUUUGUGUCUUUGAUACUGUAUUUAAGCUGUAGUUUGGAGAAACUGUACAAAAACAUCCCAGAUAGUAGUGCAACCUACACAUUGAAUAGGGAGAAGUGAUGUUUGUGGUGUUGAGUGUUUUAACUGGAUAAUAUUCCACAGUUGGCUUUUAAAAACUGACAAGACCACUCUGUAUUUUAGGGUUUAUGGUUGUUCUGAAUCUUUACUAGUGUUCUGGCUUUGCAGUCCUGUUGUUAUGAAAAAGAGUCGUUUUUGUAAAAGUAUAAAAUGUAAAUA